AUGACAGAGCUUAGAUUAUUGCUUGAUAUUUUUAGAGUUAUUGAAGUUGUGACUGUAUCCUGCAGAGCUUUGCUGGUCAGUUUAUCUUUGAAGUACUUAGCUGCCUCUCUGGCUGCUGGUGUUGAUGGAUCUUCCUAUCUAGACGUGCCGUACGUACAAGAAGGAAUCGCUAAAGAAGAAAUGAGAAAGAAGGAUUGUUGUUGCAAGGAAGUCUAUAUAGGCAUAUCAAGUAAGAAAUUAAGGUCAAAGGCUGCUAUCAAAGCCAUGACUACUCUAAAUAUUCUUGCUAAAUGCUAUAGCAAAUACAUAUUUAACCCUUUCUGGCUCUUUAAUAAAUGUUAUGGGUCCUUUGCCUAUACAAGGACCUUAGACCUUAGUGACUCGGCCAAGGCCUGCGCUGUCCUGAAGGCGGUGAGCCACCUACAAGACUUCCUUGCAACAACAAUCCUUCUUUCUCAUUUCUUCUUUAGCGAUUCCUUCUUAGUAAUUCAAGGAGAUAUCAGCUUAUAUAGCCUACUAGAAUACCUUGGUAGAAAUUGGCUAGAUUUGGUUUUUUUCCUUAAUAAUCCAGGGCCAAAGGUCUUGCAGUAA